AUGUUGAUAUAUGGAGAAUUUGGUUUUGCGUUAUUGGGUCUCAAACCUUGCGUGCUGGUUGAAUUCCGGGACGCAAGAGUCAAUAAGUUUUACUUGGAAACAGUAAUCCAGCCUGUGUUAUUUGCUUUAAAAGAAAAAACAUUGGAUUAUCAUGUCAUACGGAAUACAAAAACUCCCGAGUCAGACCUUGAUGGCUGUGUCUUUAUAUAUUCCAAGACUGCCAGUGAUCUCUCUACCAUGUUGACAGAUAAAGAACAAAUGAUAUCAGAAGAUACAAUGGCUCUGUUAUUGGAUUAUCCUGGGCAUUUACCAAAUUCUGAAGAAGAAAUACCCACCAUGAAAUCAGUCAUCUAUUUCCAUAAUAGACCCAACAAACAGUUAGUCGCUUUGACCUCCUUUGCUAUUCAAAUCACAGAAAAAGAAAAAACUUUGCAGCAUUUCAGAGAAUACUAUGCUAUUUGUAAAGAAAAAUUAGAUAUCGAGUUGAAGCUUUUAAUUCAAUAA